GCAGUUUCGCCCGUGAAUCCGUGAUCCCGAGCCCAUCAUCCCCAAAGACCCCAAGGGCACCGAGGCAGGCGCGCGGGGAAAGGAGAAAAAAAAGACACCCCGCGGCCGCGGUGCGACUGCGACCCGCAAAGCAAAGCGCAGGGGAAGAAAAAGCGGCAGCCCCGCCGCGGCCGCAGCCGCAGCCGCAGCCGCAGCAACACAUACUAGCAGCGGGCAAAGAGCAUAUUGGGCUGGCGUCGGGGCAGCGGCAGCCUGGCAUCCCAUUCCUUCCUCUCCUCCCUCGCCCUCCCGGCCUCCCCCGACAGCGCCCACCUUUUGCGCUCCGCUACACCUCCACUCCAGUACUCCACUGCUCCUCCUGCCGCUGCCGGUACGGCGUCUGCGCUGCGCCGCCGGCCCGCGAGGCAUCCCGGAUGCGGCGCCCCUCACCGCUCAUCUAUGCGGCGCUGGCCGCCGCCGUCGCCGCGCUUCUGGCCCCCGCGGCGAUCGCAGCAGAUUGUCCAUUGGAUUUCAGUUGGCCAAACUAUGCGCUGAUAACUUCCCUGUGCUCAGAUCAAGAUGGGCACUCAAAGUGUUGCCGCUACAUCAAUGCUGUCCUUGCAGUAUCAUCUGCCAUGUAUGCAAACACAACAGGCACUCUUGGGGUUCCAUCUGAACUCGCCGAUGCCUGUAUUGGCAAUAUCUCUGAUACAUUGGUGUCGAAAGGGAUCCUUCCUACUGCAGCAUCAUUUUGUGGCCUCGGGAUCAAAAUUCAGGCGUCCUAUCAAUGCGUUGGGAUGACCACUAUCCUUCAAAUGUUACAGUCUCCAAAUUUCAGUGAUGUGACCAGGAGCUGUGCAACUUCACUUCCAGAUGAUGUUAGUUGCAAGAGAUGCUUAAACUCUGGUCUGUCAUACCUCCGACAUCUUGUGGGAGAACAAGAUAAUAUCACAUUGAAUACCUGCCGUGAUGCUGCCUUUGUUGCUUUUAUGAGUCAAGGGAAUAUAUCUAUUUUUGAUACAGCGGGCUGCUUUUUUAGCGCUCAGGGGCUUAGUGCUCUUCAAGUGAACAUAUCGUCCCCAUUGUCUGGUGGACAUGUUGCACCAAAUAUUUCUCCCAGUCCACUUGCAGCGCAAAUUCCUGGGGACCAUGUUACUGGAGUGCCAGCCAAUCAUCAUCGUAGUUACAAGCGUGUACUAUUCCCAGUAAUUGGGGCUCUGGUUACAGGAUUAUCAGUUACACUAGUCCUAGUACUAAUUCUGCUCAUCCGUAAAAAGAGCAAAGAACUAGAAAAGAUUGAGGGGAUAAACCCUUUGGAUGCGUUGAGUUCCUGUGUCAAGAAGCAACAAGAAGGUACUUCCACCAUUUUUGGCAGAUUUAGUUAUUCGGAAAUGAGAAGGGCAACAAGAAACUUUAGCACCACGUUGGGAGGGAAUGAUAAUGGUACAAUAUUCAAAGGACAACUGAGCAAUGGUUCUGUGGUUGCCAUUAGACGCAUAGAGAGCACGGCAAAACAAGGCCAGCUGGAAUUUUGCAAAGAAAUGGAACUUCUUGGGCGACUGCAUCAUCGCCAUCUUGUUGGACUUAAGGGAUUUUGCUUAACAAGAUUUGAGAGGUUCCAGGUGUAUGAAUACAUGGAAAAUGGAAGCCUUAAGGACCACCUUCAUUCGUCAGGUAAACGUCUGCUGCCAUGGAAAAAUAGGAUACAGAUUGCCAUUGAUGUUGCAAAUGCUUUGGAGUACCUUCAUUUCUACUGUGACCCUCCGUUGUACCAUGGAGACAUAAAGCCCAGCAAUGUCCUGUUGGACAAGAAUUACCUUGCAAAGCUUGCUGGCAGUGGCCUUGCACAUGGCUCGAGUGGUGGUGAUACUACCCUCAAUUCCACCCCAGGGACUGUCAAGAUCCCGGCAACUGCUGUACCGUGCGUGUAUCUCCGUGCAGGCUAUGUAGACCCAGAGUACGUGGUGACUCAAGAGCUGACCGCGAAGAGUGAUGUGUAUAGCUACGGUGUGCUGCUGCUGGAGCUUGUCACGGGGAGACCUGUGGUGCAGGACAACAGCAGCCUCGUCGAGUGGUCACGGGACCUGAUCGGCACCGACUACCGUCUCCACGAGCUGGUGGACACGGCUGUGGCGGACACGUUCGACCUGGACGAGCUGCAGGUCAUGGCGGAUGUGAUCCACUGGUGCACCCAUAGGGACGGCGACGCGCGGCCGUCCAUGAAGCAGGUGCUCCGGAUCCUCUACGAGCGGCUGGACCCACUGUCGGGCGUGUUCGCGCGUGCCGUGGAAGGCGAGCAAGCAUACUACUAUGGCGGGCAGAGCGGGCGGAAAGGGAGUGUGGGGCACCAGCGGUGGCGAGAUGGCGGUGACGUGAUCCAGUUCAGCAGUGAGGCCCGAUGCCCACCGUCGUCGUCAAGCACGUCCAGGUCCCACUGCAGCCGCAGCGUGAUGCUGGAGUGCAACUCGCCGGAGACCCAAUCCCCUCCCCACGGUGGCCACGGCGCGUUCUUGGUCUGAACCGUGAUACCACCGGAUGGCAUUUCCAGCCCAUUUUUGUCGAUUAAUUAACACAUGAGCAUGGAAGAGUAGCAGCUGCCGGCCGGUUUCUGAAGCUUAUGUCCGUAUGGUAGGCCAGGUUUGGUCCUGCGCACUGCGCGCGAUUCCGACUUGUGACUGAUUCUACGCUGGAACCAGUGUGAUCGGGAAGCAGGGACCCAGAAUCUGAUACGGAGUACAUGUGGUCUGCGAGCUAGGGUCACGGGAGUCAGAGAUGGCGCGCGUCGAACGAUUCCAUUCGUGUUCAGAUUUCUUUAUCUACCGGAGUGCCAGUGGACUGGUCACUGGUGGUGUACUCCCAUGAACGGCAGCGGCCAUUGUGCUUCUGUUUUGAGCAGGAAAUUUUUUUGAAUUAUCGUGAGGAGUGCACUCCUGUAGUCCUACAUGAGGCUGCGCCUUGUAUAUACACCCAGGUGGUCACCGCAUCAAGACAUCCUCCUCUAGAACACCAUGAAGGAAUUCUAUACAUCUAACUGUCUCAUCUCCCAUCCUCUUGACACUGCCAAUGAUAUUAAUGGGAUUGUUGCUGCCUUUUUUUUUACUGGACUAAGAGUGUCGUCGUAGUCCAUAUCGUUGCUUGAACCCUUUGGCUACAAGUCUGUAGUCCAUGUCGUUGCUUGAACCCCUUGGCUACAAGUCUUGCUUUUUAUC